UCUUGACGCUCGAGUGGCCUUAAAAUGGAAAUUGUACACCGUGCAUUUGCUAGAGAUACUUGAGCGCCUUCUAACGUUGUCAGUGAAUGACUCUUGGUUUUGUGUCGGAAUCUGUUGAUUUCGCAAACGGGUCUGUUGAUUCCGUUUAGAGCUGGUCUGUUCGUAUUUAAGUAUUUUGACAUUUAAAUGUUCGGUUUGCAAUAACGUUUUUGUUACUCAAAAUGACUGCUGCCAGGAACACAUUGAAUCUGGAUAUUGUUUUGCCUGCAAAAUAGGAUUCAUAAAGAAGGAAGAAAAAGGCUUUUUUUAAUGCGUAUACAGGGACCUAGAGCACUACUGGGAAAUUUACUGUAAUAUGAUGAAAUGGGGACGAAAACAUGAGAUGAAAAGAACACUAAUCAGAAUACUUGGAACUGAUCUGAGCAACUUUAUAGCACAGAAGAAAACAAGCGCACGAUCAAACUAUUAACAUUGUAUCAUAAUGGCAUCUUUUUGUUCAUCAAACGAUGAACGAAACUUUCAGUGUAUUACAGUGGCCAGUGUUGAUUUAAUAAAACUGCCCCUCAUAGACAUUUUGGCCAGUCAAAUUAAGCCUGUUGAUCUUUUUAAAAAAAUCCAGUCAUGUUCAACUCUGAAACUUCUGCCAGACCAACGAAUGAUCUGCUUUAUUCAACCACCUGGUCUUCCUGAUUACAACACAUUUGAUGUAACUUUGCUCUAUACGCUCAUUCGGAAUUUAUGUUGUUUACCGAGUCCAGCUCAAGGAUGGGGGAAAGAGCCAAAGGCCACGGAUACAGAAAUUAGUGAUGACAUAGAGCGUCUAAGAUUGUUCAGAAACAACUACUUCGGUCACGCAAUUUCGACAUCAAUUUCUGAUGGUGAAUUUGGAUAUGUAUGGGGAAAUCUAAAGUUGGUUAUCAAACGAUUUAAUUCAAAAAUUAGAUGCAAAACAGAUUAUGAAGAAGAGCUGAUCAUGAUAGAACGCUCAAAAUUUACAGAUGACCAUUUCAAAACCUGCAGGAUCCUUUUAGAUGCCUUUGCGAAUACACAAAAACAGACGGACCGUAAAGAUGAACCAGACAUUUCCAUAAAAGGUGAAAAUGAAAAAAAAUGUGGAGAAACAGCUUUAUUUGAAGCAGAUGUGGAAAAUGUUAAAUCCUCAAGUUGGACUAUCACUUGGCAGAAACGGAAAGGAGACGUCAUAAAAUGUAUUGAUACAAGCAUGGAGAAGUACUGGGGAAGUACAAAGAAAAAACUUGUCAUAAAAUCCGUAUGUAAGGAGGAUGAAGGAGACUAUCAGGCCGUCCUCUCGUUUGAAUCGAAUGGACCCGAUUAUAAAUCAAAAAAUACCAUUCGUUUAUAUGUAUUAGAAGACGUCCCUAGUGCGAAGAUAUUUGUUGAUUCGCCUGUUUGUUAUGGAUCUAGAUCAACUAUUAAGUCAGAAAUUUCACCAACAACGAGACCUGAGAAAAUUAAGUGGCAGAAAAGCAAAGAUGGAAUUGAUUUCCAUUACACUGAAAAUCCUAUUCAUUCUCUAAACUACGAAAUGGAGUGCAGAAUAAGAGAGAAUUCUGAUGUCGAUGUAGACGAAAUGGAAACUGUACAAGCUUUGAGAAAAGAGAAUAAUCGCAAAAGGAAAGUGGAAGAAAUGGAUUCCGAAAAGGAACCCGAUAAUAUUUCACUUAAUAAUAGUGAUGACAUUGAAGUUUCUUCAGAUUUUGAACAAAUGGAUCUUUUGUCUGAUGAUGAAGAUGUAGAUAACCAAGAAAAUGUAAAACCUCGAGGACUUAAGCUUCGCAACUACCAACAGGAGCUAGCAGAGAACGCAAUUAAAGGAAAGAACACCAUUGUCUGCUCAGGAACAGGUACUGGGAAAACCCGUGUGGCAUUUGCUAUCAUUGAUGAUCAUAUACAGAAACAUCCCGAAGGUAAGGUAGUUGUAAUGGCCCCGACAGUUCCACUGGUUAACCAGCAUUACAUGGUCCUGAGACAUCUUUUGCCUCAUUUAGUGGAUGAAACACUAAAAAUAACUGGUGAAAGUGAAAAAAGUGAACAACUCCACAUGUUCGUGGGAGAGUACCAAGUUUUCCUUCUUACACCAGCCAUCUUGGAAAAUGCUAUCCAUCCGGAAAAGGAUGAACUCAUUCUGUCCAAGUUUUCGCUGAUGAUAUUUGAUGAAUGUCACCAUGCCUGCAAGGGUCACACCUACAACCAAAUCAUGCUGAAAUAUCACUUGAUGAAAAGUGAUGGAAAUACGAAAUUGCCUCAGAUUGUGGGUCUGACAGCAACACUUGGUACCAACAAGGCCAACACUCCAAGCAAAGCAAAAGAGCACAUCCUCCAGGUCAUGGCCAACUUAGAUGUCCAUCUGCUGUCAACUGUCAUCAAAUACAAAGAUGACCCACAGUUAAACAAAGAUCAAAUUGAUAUUGAAAAAGUUAAACUUCUACAGGAUGUUAAAAGUGACCCCAUUCACAAACAAAUUGAGCAAUUAAUGGAAGAAAUUGAGAAAAUCGUUGAUGAAGAAAAAGGACACUUAGAUACAAAAUAUGAAGAUGAGAAAGAGAUAUUGAAGACGAUGUUGAGGAAACCAAAUGCCAACAGGGCACUGGAAGCAAGUAGAAACUCGCCAGCAUAUGUGCAGUGGUGUUGUCGUCUGCAAGUUGAUGCCACUCCAAUUCUGUCUAGAAAGCCCGAUUCUUCUGAAAGAAUACGACUCGGUGGGGAGUAUCUGAAGAAACUUAGUGAGUUGCUGGAGGUAAAUGACUGUUUGACAAGAGACAUUGCUUUGGAGGUUCUGAAGAAGGAAGUGGAGGACAUGAAGGUGGAACAUGUCACGGAUAAUGAGAAAGAACUUGCAACUCUGAUGAUCACUCUGCAAUCAGAUCUACAAAAUAUGCAAAGUCAUUCCUUCACUAAUACAAAUUCUGCAAAAAACGUUCAUGUUCUUUUGAGAACAAUGGAGGACAAUAUCCUAAAAGACAAAACAAAUGGUGGACCAACACAGUUUAUAAUUUUUGUAAAAACUAUAGAAGUGGCUAAACGAUUGAGUGAAAUUUUAAAGAUCAAGGCUUAUAACUGUGAAAGCCUGACUGGAAAAAAAGCAAUGAGCCAAACAGAUAGAGAUAGCACCAUGGAUAAAUUCCAUGAGAAGAAAAUUCAAGGAAUUGUUGCCACCUCAGUGGCAGAGGAGGGUAUAGAUAUCCCAGACUGUGACCUAGUUAUUCUGUAUAACUAUAUUGGAAAUGAAAUAUCGUAUAAGCAAGCCAUGGGGCGAGCAAGAAAAUUGAAAGCCAAAAUCCUUGUUCUGGGAAAACCCUCUGACUAUGACAGAGAGACUAUCAACAAAGCUCGGAUAAAAUACAUGGAGCAGGCUGAAGAAAUGAUUAGAUCUGAUGAAAAUGUUGAAGGGAAAAUCAAAAACAUCAUUGAAGAAAUGGUUGCAGAACAAGAGCUGAAGAUGUCGACAGCAUCACAGGCAGAAACAAAAGCAGAGGGCGCUGCAAACCACAGACUGAUUUGCAAAUGCGGUCGUUUUGACAUUGAUUGCGGUGUACUGCGCUGCAUUGAUAACAAAGAUUAUGUUGCGCUUGAUGUCAAGUUGUGGGACAAGAUUGAUGAAAAACCUCCGACAAAAAUGCCCAAUACAAAUCCAGACAAGCUCAUACAUGCCGAGUGGAAUCACCAGGGCUGCCAGAAAAAACUGGGAACCAUCUUUUUGUAUAAGGGUGUUCCCCUGCUUUAUCUGUCUCAGAAGUCAUUCAGUUACGACACUAAAGCUGGACAUCGUCCCCUACCGGUCCAGCAGUGGAAGAAACUACCAUUCCAAGUUCCAAAAUUGACCACCAAGGAACUCUGGGAGCACAAGAAGUUGCGGGACAAGAUUGCUGAAGGAAAAAAUUGAUAGACAAUAAUUGUUAUGAUUACAUGCAUUGUAUUUAGCACAAUAAUAUAAUUUUUGCAUUAAAUUCCUUAAUGUCUUCGUUUUAAUCAAGGCAUAUUGUGCCUCUCUAUUAUCGUCAGGUCAUAUUACUGUAUAAUUCCUAUAUAAUAAGAGGAAUUCAUUUCAUCGUAAAAUCGCGAGAGGCAAUCCUCGGAAAUUUUAAAAUCUCGCUUUUAUUUCUCAGACAGUUUUGAUCUUAGGAGGAAAUUAUAACCAACACAUUAGCGAUGGCGAUUUUAUAUUUAAGCGAUUUGAUACAAAACGGCGGAAUCACGAAAUUAAGUACUCGCGUAAAAGAAGGAAUUUUCAGUAUUUCUGCAGUUUCAUACAAACAUGAGGUUCAAAAUACCAGUAAGGAAUAUAGCUAAUGACAUUUAACCAUUUUAUCCAAUUGAUGUCAUAAAAUCACUUUUUUUAAAUACCAAAACGAACAUUAAGAGUAUGUAAUUCUGAAUAAAAACACAUUGCUAAAGAAAGUAAUAACGUCCUAUUAACUAUAUGAAAAUAAAAACCUGCGCACAGUCAUGUGCACACGAAUUAGACUUUGCAUCGUUAAUCUCAAAGAAGUACACAUUAAGAUACAAUGUAAUUAUUCAAAUGCAAUACGAAAAAUUGAUUAUACAUAGAAUAUGAGGUGGUUCUGACCAUUUAGAUAUACAAUUAUAUCUCCUUAAAACAUAUGACGCGCUCGCUAUAUAAAUUAUUUUAAUAAAUAACGUCUAAACUAUAAAAUAAAAAAAAUACAGUUAUCCCAGGCUUAAGAUUGUAAAAUUUCAAUUGAUGCAAAAUAGUUUCUCUUUUUUGUCAUUCAUUUAUCAUUUAAGAUCAAGUAUACUGUUAAUGAAAAUAUUAUUAAUCUUCUGAAACAUCUAUGUAUAGUUAUAAAUGUUAUAUACCUCCGGCCGAAAUUGGGAAGUCAAACUACAUGUAGGAGAAAGUUUGCAUCUGUAAUAAUUAUAUCUAUACUACAUUAAAAUAAUAGACUCGAAUUUUUGGGCUUUAAUUACAUUUGCAUGGAUAAACUCAGAAACGAUAAUACAAAUACAUGUAAAUUUUCAUUGGAAAGGACUAUAUACAUCUAUGAUAUGAGCCUAAAAUGGCCCCUUAAAAUGAACAUCAUUAUUUUACUGUAAUUCUUUGUUUUCUUUGUACAGAUAUAUAUGUGAUGGUUUUACAUAAUGUUCAUUUUGAUUCAACUGCCCGCAAUUUAGAAAUAUGACAUCGUAUAGACAACCUUUUCCCACCAUUUUUGCAUUUUUAGCAUAAAAACAGCUUGUUUUCAAGCAAUUUUUCUUUCAGAAAACAUAGAGUGCAUGCUUGAACAAGCAAAAUAUUUUAAUCAGAGAUGUAUCUAGCCAAGACUAAUAAGUGACAAAAAAAUUUCCUUGUUCAAGCAUGCGCUCUAUAUUUCCCAUUCAUAAAAAGAUAACAAAUUUGUCCAGUUUUGACUGAUUUUUGAUUGAGUUUUAGAAAUAGCGUCACUUCUGACGUCAUAUACUGUCAAUGAGUGCAAAUAAAUCAAAUAAAUAGGUGAAAAAUAUAUUCUACAGUAACUCUUCUAAAUGUAACAUAACAUUUUAUUGUACCCGAAACACUUUUAAAAUGUCGAAUUAUGGGGGCAAAAUUAAACUCUUAUCAUAUACCGUAAAUCUGGAAAUUUUUACGUCGAUUUAUUUUGCGAAUUCGAGUCAUAAAACUAUAGAUUAAUUUUUACGUUUUAAAUUUUUGCGAAUUGUCAUCGGCGCGAAAAAUAAAAAGCACUCAAAUAUUAAAUGUCAACAUACUGACAUCCACAGUGUUAGCUAACCUUCGGACAUCGUAUAUUACCGCCGCCUCUAAUUUCUCA